AUGAGCCAUCAUUCAAAUAGUGACGAUGAUGAUGACGAUUUUGGGAAUUUUUCAGACGCCUCAUUUGAAUCUGAAGAUACUACGACACAAUUGACAGAAACUUUGGUUAAUUCUGCAUUAGAUAAAUUGUUUGGAAAUGAAUCAUUCCAUUAUAAAAUAGAUCCUCAAAAUAAUGACGAUAAUCCUAAUAAAAUUUUGGCAGGUCUGCUGGCGGACGAACGACCAAAUGUAAUUUAUAAUCAGUUAGUUGAUAGUGAUAAUCGUGAUAUUCCUGCAUUUAUAUGGAAUCGAUCAAAUCUAAGGUCUACUUUAUUGCAUAUUUUACGAUUAAAGGAUCCCCAAACUGCAUUAGACACUAAGAAUACUGAGCGUAUUGAUAGUCAAGAAAAACAUUUGUCAGCUGUCACAAUGGAUGAUUCAUUAUAUGUUAAAGUGAUGGAUUUAGUGAAGGAUAUAGAGAAACCUUUGAAGGAUAAUACAUUGAUAUUAAGAGAACAAUUUGAUUUAGCAUAUAUGCCUCCAUUGACUCAGCCAUCAUUGGCUGCUGAUUUGAACCGUGAAUUAAAAGAAAGGAUACCAUCAUUACUUGGUGAGACCAAUAAUAAUGAGGAAUAUCAUGAUAUGUUAUGUAAUGCAAUAGAUUUAUUGAUUUUGGAAUUACGAUCAUUGUAUGAAAGACAAUUAGAAUUGGAAGCGGAUAAACAAACGUAUGAGCGAGUUAUUACAAAUUUAUCAGGUCAUACGCAACGACUCCAAAGAGAUGAAAUUGCAAUGUUUAAUAAAAAAAAGACACAAUACAAGAGGUGGCAUCGUUUCUCCUGGGGUGGCAAAUAA